AUGGCGUCUCAAAAACAUGUCGCUGAGGUGCCUCGAACCAUUCUCCCUCGCCUUACAUGGAACAGUUCAUCAUCUCGCCCCGCCCUCUCCGCACACCACCCCACGCUCACAGCCAAACAACGACAGCAAUAUAUUCAAGGCUGGAGUCCCCUCAACCGACAGGUCCACACUCUGAAUUUAUCAUAUCAGCCUUCAAGAGGCUAUUCCACGUCCAUCCGGGACAAUCGUCCAGCAUCCACAGUUGUCCGUCACAUCUCCGGUUCCGUCGCGAGACGCCCAUCGCCGGAGUCCCUCGGUAGCCCCGUUCGACACAAUGGAGUCUAUGUCGCAACAUUCAAACCAGCUCAGCGGGCCUUCCAUGCGACACCCGUUCGAGCUGAUGACCAUCACUUCGAUACCCUGAAGUUUGUGAAGCGGCUGCAAGAUGAGGGAUUCAGCGAGGAACAAGCCGUAGCCAUGAUGCGUGUCUUGAAUGAUAUCAUCCAGGAGUCCAUUCAAAAUCUCACAAGAACUAUGGUCCUCCGAGAAGACUCGGAGAGAUCAACCUACACCCAAAAAGUUGACUUCGCUAAACUCCGCUCCGAUCUCCUUAAUACCGACUCAACCGAGGCUCAGCUCACUCGUUCUUCUCAUGAAAAGAUCUCAGCCGAUCUCGCCAAACUGAAUUCACGCAUGAGGGAUGAGAUUGGAAGGACACAGGCGUCAGUUCGUUUGGACUUGAAUCUUGAAAAGGGUCGAAUUCGCGAGGAAGCCAACGGACAAGAAAUGCGAAUUAAGGAAACGGAAACACGCAUUGAGCAGGAAGUGGCUGGUUUAAGGGAACGAGUCGAGGCUGUCAAGUUCUCUACGCUCCAAUGGCUGAUGGGUGUCUGUACCGGUACCGCGGCAUUGAUUCUUGGUGCCUGGAGACUGUUCAUGUAA